GAAAAGUGUGAAAUGGCAUGAGACGCUGAAAUCAGUAACGUUGUACUGUUGAUGACUUUAUUAUAACUAUUAAGAAGCAAAGAAUGAGGUAGUAGUUUCUGUUGCAGGUAUGCACCAAAGAAGAAACGGGCUUUAGAUUUCAAAAUAUACAAAUUGUACAAAAAAUAUGACUUGAUUGAUUUUUGAACAUAAUGAAAUCAAUAUAGACCUACGAAAGGGGAACGCCACAACUCUCCAUCAUAAAACGUCAUAUAAUAGCAUAAAUGUGCAUGUACAGUUAACAAUUUUUCCUGGUCGUAAUUUUCCUUUCUCUCUGGAAGCAUGGCUUCAGGAAAUAUAACGACUCAUCCAAAAAUUGCCACAACGUUUCCUUUGCAAGAGGAAAUUGAGAACGGAAGGAACAGACACGUUGUCAGGUGCCAACGAUGCCCGUCGAAGAUUCUGAAUCCAGGAAUGGGCGUCUACAAGCAGGUUGAGUUCCCGUUGCCCCACAUGAAGCAGAAAUCGGAAGUGCCGAGUAACCCUGAAGAAGAAGUGAUAAAGGACUACUGGGUUGUUGAAGAUAUGUAUUCAUUUGAAAAUGUGGGAUUCUCAAAUACAGUGUCUGGCGUCAAGUACUUGGCGUGUGCUGACUGCGAAGUGGGCCCUAUUGGUUGGUACGACAUUGCAGCACGCACCAGCUAUGUAGCACUUUCACGUGUGUUACAUGGCAAUAUCUCUGGCAACAUCUAGUGCAUAUCAGUUAUAUUUUUUAUGUCUGCUGGUGCACUCUGGUCUAUGCAGUCCAUUUAGUUUUUUGCAGCAAUAUGCCAGGCACCAUAAUGUGUCUUCCUUCUUGUUAUUUCUUUCAUUGUAAUAGCAGGUGCAUACUCUGAGAAAAUGUUAAUCAUUCUCUCUCUUCAGUGAACUUCAUAUCCUGUUACUUGUUAAAUGUAUUGUGCAAAAUACAGGUUUAUACUUUCAUUAGAAUACAUUUUUGGUUCACAUAUCAGCUACCACAGACUGCACAAAUGUGUGAGGUUUUUUGUGAUAGUUUCUAUGGAAACCGUUAAUUGUGUGUCAUGUAUUGUGUAUAAGUUCUGUCAGUAUCUUUUGGUGCUUCCAGACAUAGAAGUUUCAUUUCACUCUAGAGUAAGUUGUGGCAACAGAGACUGAGUUUGAGACAUGAAAUUUUCCAAAGUUUGAACUGUAAUUUCUAUUGUAAGAUAAGAUAAACUUGUGUAAGACAUUAUGGGCAUGUGAAAUGUAAACAGACUGAUCUAAUACAUUAACCGGUUGACUGCUUGAGUUAUUAUUUGUUUUCAUUUUCACAACUGCUGAAAUACUUAGUAAUAUUUUACUAAAAAAUUCAUAACAGUAAAGCUCAAAGUCUAAUUUGCUUUAAGAAUUUUAUUAUCCAUUAUUUGUUUGAUUGUGAUGGCGAAAGUUCAUAUUUUGUGAUCCACCGGCAAAGCGUUCUGCAUCAGUGCCGUUGGAUUGCACCUAUAUUUGCUUGUCACAGAAGUAAAUGGUAAUGUAAAACUAAUGUAAAAUGUUAUAAAAACCAUAUUGAUUUACAUUAUUCUCAAAUCCUGCACAAUUUUGCACACAGAAUGUAUACUAGAGUAAAAUAUGAAAUAAUUGAAUAAAAUCUUAGAUGCUGCAUUUCCAUAACUUCAGGGCUAAUAUCUUACUGUUCAUCAAUUACAUGUGUGUUUUUUCUGUAAAUUAAUGAUCAUUAUGAUGCUGUCUCAGGUUGGUCUGAUAACAUAGAUGUUGCUUUCAUGUGUGUUAUUAGUGAAACAUGGUUUACUUGAAGUUUUUGGUUGUUAUAAUUAUUAUCCAGUGUGUUUACGUUUCUCACACUUAUAAGCAGUAUGCUCAUUGUGCACGGUAGAAACACUGCCAAUGUGAAAUUAAUUUUAGUUUUUCCGCACUGCUGUCAGUUAUCAUUCAUUAUCAGAGAUUUUAAGAGUUUUAUGUUGGAAAAUUAGAAUCCUGAGGUUAUUACUGAGUUUAUUACUGUUGUGAUAUUAUUGCUGAAGAUUAUGCAUGCAUUUUUGAUAAUUAAUGCACAUUGCCAAGCUGUUCUGCAGCAAGUGUGAACUAUUACUCGUGAUUUGUAAUUAUAUGUUGUAUAUGUGCACACAUUUUUAAAUGAAAAUAAUUAUGUUUCAAGUUCCUAAUGUUAGUGGUUCCUCAGUGUUUUCUCUAGAGAAAAUAUGGAUGCUGAGUGAAUCAUACUGUUACAUAAUAGACUUUAUGUGAAGCUGAUUUGUCUAACAGAACCAGUGUAUUUUCUUCCUUAAAGUAGCAAUUCCAUAAUGGAGAGUAAAACUAUUGUGUAUAUUAUUAUACAGAACUAUUGACUUCGUUAGUUGAAGUCGUAUCUUUUUGAGGGUACUGCUAGCGAAUAAUACAUUGUUCAUUUAGGCUAUUGCCAUUUAUCAGAAGUGUCCUUCAAAAAUUAUAUCAUCUUUCAUGUAUCGAUGUGCCUGAUGAUUGUUGGACACAUACCAUAUGCAUUUGAAUUAAUCAUAAUUUAAAAAAUAUGGUUUUAUAUGACCAGACAAGAGAACAAGACAGGAUGAAACAAGUCUACAUUGACAUUAGUAUGUAUGCGAUCAAGGCCCUUAGUUACCUGUGGACAUUAGUCCCCCACCCCCCCCACCCCCCGUUGUUGGUACUCAUAACUUCAGCUUUGCUUUGUUGUCUUGGUUUCAUUUUGUGUCAGGAUAUGCUACAUUGUAUAUUAGAGUUCCCAGUUUCUGUUGCAAGUGACUGGGAGGUGACAGCACCACAUAGCUGCUUUGCUUCAACAGUCCUCCUAAAUGUGGGCUUGCAUGUUACAAUAAAGAAAGCAUAUAAUUUAUAUUCUUAAUUCAUCCGAUUACCUGCUGGUAUUCAAAGAUUAUUAAGUUGUUUUCUGUUAUGACUGGUAACACAGAUUUGAUAUAUGCAAGACACUUGUGUUUGCACAUUAAGUAGUUACAUGUUAAAAAUUGCACUCCGUCUCAGGUCUCUCCCCCCUCCCCCCACCUUCCUUCAACAUUUGGAGGGAUAUGAUGAUUAGUAGAUUAGAGGAAGGGAAGGGCAUAUGAGCACCAAUACUGCCAGAGAUAGAAAGGCACUAUAGUUGAAUAAGCAUCAUUUUGAUCUAUUUGGUGACUUGUAUAUAAUGAUAGAAAAGCAAGGAUUGUGUGCCCAAAUUUUGGCAUGAUCAGGUGUGACUGGACUACACUCUCAUCUUGUCUUCUUUGUUGAAAAUUUAACUGAUUUGCUUCCAUGUGAAAUAUUCCAUUUUUUAAUUACAGUGGUGAGAUUUUACAUAAAUCAUUAAUUAAAAGUGGUCAUCUGUAUAGUUGCUUCUCACAUGAGAUGCAGUGAAGUGUUAGUCCACUUCUUGACUGUCUUAUGCAUCGAAUUUUCAUUUCAUGGUAUCUUUUGUCUGGUUCCAGACCCUAAAGAAAAAUAUUUUCUAAUCCACUGCCGAAACAACAGGAGUAUAGGGUCGUCUCCUAUACUGCGAGGGAAAAGUAAAGUAAUAAUAUAUUUAUGAAAAUAAAAUGUUGUUUCAGAGUAAGGAUGACUGUGGAAAAUGUUCAGUGAAAGCUUAAGAUUCAAUGUCUGUUUUAUGUUCUGUUCUGCUCUGAUUCUCCUGCUUCAGGUUGUUAAGUGGUAAGUAGGAUUUCCUCUCUUAUGUCAUUGAUAUAAAUAUUUAAUUUUGUGCCAGUAGUUCAUCUUCUGAGGUAACCCUCACUGCUACCUACUAUUAGACAGAGGAAUCUUGUUUAAAUGAAGCGCCAUUAAUGUUAAAGUGUCAAUUGUAUAGUUUUUACAUUAUUUCAGCAUUACUACUUGCUUAAAAACGUGACAUUUUUAUCUCAGCUGCCUCUGUGCAACACGUGUAAGUUGGUUUUGAACAGUAGAAGCAAACAGCAAACAACAGUAGAAGCAACAGCCAAUAGGAGGUGUAACACACGCGUGUGUGAAGGCAAGAUUUCCAUGCUAGACACCUGUUAGUCAUCCCACGUGACUUGGAGUGGAGUUUAUUCUAGUGGGUAGCACGGUGGUUGUGCUGCUCUGUUGGAGUAGGAUGUGGGCUGGAGCACUAGUGUACAGCAGGAAGUUCUUUCCAUGGGACACAUUGUCUUCCUGUCUUCAAGUCCAGCUAUGCCUCAUUUGGUCUGUACUGUACAGAGUUAGUCAUUCCUUGCAUUCUUUGGAUCGCUUCUUCGAAGAAUACCUUCUGGGAUGUGGGAAUUUACAUUAACAAAGUGAAACAGUUGUUGAAAACAGCUUUAACAGCUGUCAGUUAACUGCUACGAGCUAUACUGAGCAUAGUGAAACAACAAGAAAGCAAUUACUUUGAUACCUGCAGGUUGUCUCCAAUUGCCAGUUUAAUAUCUGCAUGGUGACAAUUACAUUUAUCACAAGUAGUUACCUUUGUUUCGCAAAACAGAAGUCAGUUUGCAAAGUGUAUUGCUAUUGUCAUGCAGCUAACAGGAAUUUUCAAUCCUAGAUAAUUUGUGAAAGGGUUGAUAUUGCCCAUCAGCAUAUAAACCAUACAUCACCAGAAACACCCUUUUCAUUAGACGUUACUGUUUCUUACCCACUCAGAGAGAGCCUCCAGUAGUUUAGCACCAUUGUUAAAAAUCACCCCUUAUUUUGAUAAUUUCAUUAGCCUAUUUCGUUAUUAGAAAUGUACUGUCAAUUUUACCUAUCUAAGUAGCAACUAUAAAACUAGAAAAUGAAAUAUACAGUUUUGAGAAUGAGUUGUAAUUGAACUUAUUUUGCAAUGUGUGGUAAAUUUGCUUCUAUUUGUAUGUCAACAUUAGGCAGUAGCAAAAUACUUGACGUUAACAAUCUUUAACAAUGUUUAAACACUGUUAGAAAAUAAGUGUAGCUUUAUGUUUGUCCACAGAACCUGUGAACACAUUAGCUUAUGUUGUAAGACCUAAAUCACUGUUCUCUCACUUAUACACAGUGCAACUUUGUAGAGUCUGGCAUCUAGAAAUACUUAUUGUUUUAUUCUGUCUGUCUCAAGUCUUGUGCAGAACUGUUCCUUUCCAUAGCAGUACAGAGUAAUUGUACAUAUGUAUCAUUUAUUCCAUGAUGUGCAAUUCACCUAUCACUUAUUUCGUUAUAUAAAGACAUUACAUAUUGUCGUCUACAUUUUUCUAAACACUACUAUUAGAAUUUCUGUGCUAAUGUUGUUAACAUUUCUUCAUUCAUUUUAUGCGAGUCAGUAUUUCAAUCUUUGUAGUUUCUCAUUAGAAUGUUAUGUUUAUUCAAACUUUUACAUGCUUCUUGAGAAAGUUUACUGCCUUAUAACUGUAGGAAUGACAUUUAGUAAAUAUUUAACUGCUUUGUGUCCUUCAGCAUUUUCUGAAUGUGAUCACCUACAGUGUGCAGCCUCAAGCACUGGAAUUUGGCUCUGAGGCAGGGAAGUGCACUCACCGCCAAUAUGGGACCACUUGGGUCGAGCCUUCACUGCAGCUUUCGCUUUUCUACGUAAUAUAAAUAUCUAGAAUAUUAAUUAUUUGAUACCCUGAGUCUUUCAGGCAUUGAAUAAAAUUAUUUUUGAAGCAAAUAUUUCCUCUUUGUAGUGUCAAAUAUUGCAAUUGUUAAAUAUUGUAACUUUAGACUUGGAGUAUGACUAAAUUAAUAGAUAUUGUAAAUAACUGAAUGGACGAUAUUUUGUUACAUUUUCUGAGAACUCUGUCUAUUAUGUGUUUCAUCACAAAAGUGAAAGGGAGAAGGAAACUGCUCUGUAGUUUGAGAGAAAAAUAAUCUUUAUCAUUAACAUGUUGGGAAGUUGUCAGGCCAGCAAAUCUGCUCUAAAAAAAAUCAGAAGUUAAAUUUUUGUAAAGUAAAGGCUUUUUAAUAACUCUGUAGAAGUGUUUCCUGAUCCUAUUUUAGUAAAGCAGUAUCUAAUGAUAAAAUGCAGAAAGAUAUCACGGUGAUUCAGUCAAGCCUCAGUAGGGCAGUCAACAGUAGAAAAUUCACCUAUCUCGUGGCAAAAAAAUCUAAUUGAGAUAUAGUAUGUGUUACUGAAAUGAUUUAUCUGUAGCUGUGUCAGUUUACAGCAAUUCAAAUACAUGUCUUAUGUUGCUGGUCAUAUUAAUGAAACUGUAGCAUUACUUUCUAGUUUCAAAUCUAUUUUGUUUCUCUGCCAGGCGCACAGAUUUUAGCAUCAGAACUAAAAUUUGCUUUCCUGACACUACCAUUGUUUUGAACCAGUUAUUACUCUCUCAACAUGGUGAAUUUAUUCAGUAGCAGCUUCAUAUUUUCAUUUCUGCAGCACUAUACAUGUUGCUUAUUGUUGUAUUUGUUUAGUUGUGAACAGUUUUUAGAAAUUCCAGAUUGAUUGUCUGUUGUUGUGGAUACAUAGAGUUAUUUGCUGUCAUACCUGUCCAAACACUUAAAAUUUUGAUUAAUAGAAUUUUAUGUGGUACUUUGUUGUUUUUAAUAAAUCUUUGUGUGUUUCA